AUGCCGGAAGUCCCGCCCCGCCGCGCGGCCCUGGCCUGGGCGCCGCCGUCUCCGCCGCAGCACCCCGCGCCCCGGGAUCGGCGCCGGGGGUGGCCAAGGCGACAGAGGAGGGCGCGGACUACAUUUCCCACAAGCCACCGCGCCGCGCGCCCGUCCGUCCGUCCGUCCGGGCCCCUCAGGGCGCUGGAGUGGGCCCGGCGGCUGCGCCCUGGACGGCGCUCCGGAGGCUCCCGAGCCUCGGAACCGGGAAUCUCGGCCUUCGUGACUCGUGCGGUGAGCAGCCGGUCUUCAAAAACCAUUGAAGGUCCCAGGUCCUGGAGGUCGCACUGCUGGGGUGUCGCCGGGUCGCCCCCUGGGCGUAGCGUCCGCUCUGAAAGUCUAGGCUUGGGGUCCCGGGCAGGAGAGGAUCGGAGGAAGAUCGGCCGUCGGUUCCCCGCAGCAAAAGCGACAGAUGACCGCUGGUCUGGCUGCUUCAACAUUCCACUACCAAAAUCAGCUGUGGCAGACAGGCCAAAAGGAGACCUGUCCCUGGUGACCAUCCCUCAAGAGUGGUCAAGCUUCCUGUUUGGGAUGGGAACCAGAAAGAAAGAAGGCUCUGAAACAGCUUCAGGCUGCAGGGCAGCCUACUCUACUACCCAGCUUGUGAUUCAGCAGAUUCAACAUUUGAAAUGUUUGCGGCAAAUGAGAAUACUGUAUGGAUUGCAGAAGCUCAGGCCGCUGAGGCAGGAGGAUUGCAGGUUCAAAGCCAGCCUCAGCAAAUUUAGCCCUACCUAACUGGGUGAGA